GGGAGUGCUACCUGUUUGGGACACUGAGCUGUCCGUCUCUUCCUGCUUUGCCCCGGAGAGGUGCCUCUUGUCCCUUUGAAGGUUCAACGAUGACGGGGUCCAGCACCAAUGUUUCCCGCCACCCUAAAGGAGACAAAGGGGGCCGUUCGAGGAGCUCGCAUGCCCGGACGGUUGGCUUUGCCAACAGCGGGGGCUCGGAAGAGGAAGACAAAGAUGGAGGGGUGGCUUUCCUCGUCAACAAAAGUGGCUUCCCUAUUGAUGGGAAGACCUGGGAGAGGAUGUGGGGCCACGUGGCAAAGGUGCAUCCGUCGGGCAAAGAGAUGGUGGAGACCAUAAGGAAUGCUGACAACCUUGCAAAACCUUUAAUGCCAUCCUUGCCAAGCUACAGGGCUUCCAUGACCAUCCCUGAGUGGCUUCAGGCAAUACAGAAUUACAUGAAGAUGCUGCAAUACAAUCACACAGGGACUCAAUUUUUUGAAAUUAGGAAAUCAAGACCUCUAAGUGGGUUAAUGGAAUCAGCAAAAGAAAUGACCAGGGAAUCUUUACCUAUCAAAUGCCUUGAAGCAGUUAUCCUGGGGAUAUACUUAACUAAUGGGCAGCCUUCAGUGGAACGAUUCCCGAUCAGUUUUAAAUCCCACUUCUCAGGGAACAAUUUUCAUCAUGUGGUGCUUGGAAUUUAUUUCAAUGGUCGAUAUGGAUCUCUGGGCAUGAGCAGAAGAUCGGAGCUGAUGGACAAACCUUUGAUUUUCCGAACUCUGAGUGACCUCAUCUUUGAAUUUGAAGAUUCCUACAAAAAGUAUUUACACUCUGUGAAAAAAGUGAAAAUUGGAUUGUAUGUCCCCCAUGAACCGCACAGCUUUCAGCCCAUCGAAUGGAGGCAGUUGGUGCUCAACGUGUCAAAGAUGGUGAGGUCAGAGAUAAGGAAGGAGCUGGAGAAAUAUGCCAGAGAUAUGAGAAUGAGGAUUUUGAAGCCCGCAAGUGCCCAAUCUCCAGUCAAGCAGAGAACACGGGGGAAGUCCCUCUCCCCCCGAAGAAGGCAAACCAGCCCACAGAGGCGGGCCUGCCGAAGAGACAAAUCGCAGAAACUGAAUCCUAUCCAAUGGACUGGAGACUUCAGGCCCGCUGCGCUGGAUAAGAAAGUGGGCGAUCUCUCAACACUGAACGAUGUCGGCUACCAGCUCCGCAUCUGACAAAGCCAGAAGCCAAGCGAGACAGCUUCCAGGGUGCUUUUUCCUGAAUUUUACCCUGCGAUCUGUGGACAAAGGGGUGGAAAGAGGGAGCUGCGACUAUUUAUUAUGAACAUGAGGAUUUUAUUUAAGAUCCUAAGAAUUAGGGAUCCUAGUAGUGACAGUGGUGGGUUUUUUUAUUUUUAUGUUUUAUUUUUCAAUUCGUGAAGUAGGAAUCAAGGAAAAAGGGAAAUGGGGAAAACUGUUUUUUUUGUCUACAAUAAUGUUGUUACUCUCCAUCAAGCUGAAAAGGGGAGAGGUGAUGUGGUUGUGUGGCUUUGGUCCGUCCCCCCCACCCGGUCUGGAUUGGAAUAAUUGUUUCCAUGGUGGCUGUUUUGCAUUGGAGUUCGGAGUGUUGUGUGGUGUCUGUAGAGUUUUAGAAACCGGCGACGACGAAAGUAUAUCCCCCCCGCGGUGUUGGAAAGGGCUGGGGUGUGCUCGGUUGCUUGCGAGUCAAAGGAAGCCAUAGUCCAGCGGGAACUUUUGUUGCACGACUUCCAUUGGAGUUAACGGGAUCUGAGCAACCCCCUCCCCAUUUCAGUGGAGCUCAAUGGAAGAGGAAGAGGCCAGCAGGCUAUUUGUCUCUCUGGUCUGGUGUUUAAAUGUGACAUUCAGCAAUAAAAACAACAAGAGCAGCAGUCCGGAAAAGUUAUGCGAGUGGGUUUUUCCUCUCUUCGGAAUAUCACUAUUACCUCAAGAAUCUUGACAAUAGAUAUGCAAAGCUGACAGUAUUUCGAUUUUAUAAUGGAUUUGUACUGUGUCCCCAGCUUUUCUGGUAGCAGAGCAUUCACUGGGCCCUUUCUGACCCCACCUCUUCCGCCUUACUCCUCGUAUGUGCAUGUGUGUGACAAAAGAAAGUAUCAUGAUAUGCAAGGGUUUUCUUAAGAGCUCUGAAGUCUUACAAUUAUUCUGUUAAGGAUGCAGCUAACUGUUGAAGCAACUGUUUGCCUGCCAUAAGGGUAGCCAAUGUGAUGACCUUCAGAUGUUCGUUGACCAUUCGCCAUGCUUGGCUGGGCCUGGUGGGACUUGCAGUCCAGACACACCUGGAGAGCAUCAUGGUGACUUCACCUGCCUAACAAAUGACUGAUACCUGGGUUUGUUUUUUAAAAAAAAAUGUUUUGAAAAUAUUUUGUGUCAGGCUAUGCAGGGGUAGCCAAUGUAGUCGUGCCCUCCAGAUGUUGUUGGACUACAAUGCCCAUCAGCCCCAGUCAGCAGAGCCAAUGGUCAAGGAUGAUGGGAGUUGUAGUCCAGCGAUGGCUGGAGGGCAACAAACGUUGGCUAUCCUUAGUCUUUAAGCACAAGUGGAAUGGCCCAGUGGUUCUGGUGUGUAUCUGCGAGCUGUCAGGUUUGCGUUUUGCUCUGUGCAUGCAGGUGCUGGCCCACUGUCUUCUGUGCAAUGGUGAGUCCUCUGCGCAUGCGAUGAGCAUUGCCCAUUGUGCUUGGGGAGCAUUCCCAAGGGAGAAAAGACUAGGGCGUCUGGCUUGUGCCACAGAGCCCUAGGGACCUUUGGGUCACGCCGAAGAACCAUAGAUGGCUGUUUUGUACAGAUGAGCCUUCUAGUAACAGUCAUAUCAGGUAUAUGUGUUGAACAUUCUUAAAAAUAAUGUCAGAAUCUAUGGGCUUCCCUCAAGAAUGUACUCUUUUCCCUCUGUUUGUAUGCCUAUAAUAUUAUUAUUGAUAAUAAUUGUUUUCAAAAGGAUGGACACUUCCAAGCUGAUGAUGUCUUGGCAUCUUAUAUUAAGAUCAGACAUCCUGUAUGCAGUUAUGGCCAAAGUAUUAGGGGAAAACAGCCAUCUGUACCGAGAAAAAUGAAUGAGGGAAGAAACCCCUGGCCAAGGAAUUGUCUUUUAGAAUGCACCUUGCAUUUGGACAAAUAUUUUGUUUUUUGCUUAUUGGGGUUUGGAGAGGAGCAGGCUGCUGGGAAUGACUCUUUGGCCUGAUGCAGAAUAACACUCUUGGUCUUUUAAACACAGUUAAGAGAUCUGUCGCUUCAGUCCAGUCUUCCCUGGAAUUGUCCUCAAAUCUGCAUUGUCCUCAAACCUUAUGCAUGCUGACUUGGAGGUAAAUCCCAAGUUCAUGCGUAACAGGAUUGCAGCCUAUGAGCAGGACACCCUCUGGCAAACUCUCUUCCUUUCUCACCUUUCCUCUCGGAUUUAAUUAUCACCUGCCUUCCCAGCAUAUAAGGCACUGUUGCAUCCUGACAAAUCAACAUUAUUUAAUGGGAAACUGCUUCCAAAAAUGUGUGUAUUAGCCAAACAGCACACAAAAAUCUGCGCCAAAAUGUUAGUGAAUUUUUAUGCGGAUUUCCCCAUGCCCCUGAAAAACAAUCCAAAUUGCAGGGAUGUAGAAAACUGAAUUUAAGAUUGGGAAAAUGAGAAAGGGAGAGAACCAGAACGGAUGUAUUUGUCCAGCCCUAACGUGGAACCGGGAUGCGGGUGGCGCUGUGGUCUAAACCACAGAGCCUAGGGCUUGCUGAUUAGAAGGUUGGCAUUUUGAAUCCCCGUGAUGGGGUGAGCUCCCGUUGUUCGGUCCCUGCUCCUGCCAACCUAGCAGUUCGAAAGCACGUCAAGUGCAAGUAGAUACCGUAAAUAGGUACUGCUUUGGCGGGAAGUUAAACAGCGUUUCCGUGUGCUGCUCUGGUUCGCCAGAAGCGGCUUAGUCAUGCUGGCCACAUGACCCGGAAGCUGUCUGCGGACAAACGGCGGCUCCCUAGGCCUAUAGUGAGAUGAGCACCGCAACCCCCCCCCCCCGAGUCGUCCGCGACUGGACCUAAUGGUCAGGGGUCCCUUUACCUUUAAUGUGGAACCAGGAGCAUGGCGACAAGGGAAAGGAGGGAGAGCAAUUGACCUAAAGAAGGGAUGGAGCGGUGGAAAGAAGCAUGCCAGCUUUUACCCUCUUAACUAAGGUUAAGAGAUCAGCAGUGAUGUGUCUGCACCAGAUCUGUGUGAUCAUGGAAGAAUCUCACAUUCAAGGAAAUGGCCAGGUGUGUCGCAGGGUCUCACCCAGUGUAGCCCCUGCUGAGAGCCAGCAGGUGGAAGGGAGAGGCUCAGUGGACUUCCUGCUUUGUGACUGCAUUCCUGAAAAGCUUAGCCUCCCUCAAUUCAGAUUUCUUGGACUACAACUCCCAUCAGCCUCAGCCAGCAUGGCCUGUGACCAAGGACGAUGGGAAUUGUAGUCCAGGAAGAUCUGGAGAGCAUUCACACCAAUGUGUGUGGGCUAAAAGUGGAGAGUGGGCAGGGGGGUGCGCACGUGUCCUGCACUCAGCACCCCCACAUGCUCAUGCAUGCCCUGCCCCCAACAAGCUCACCUGGGCGAGCUCUGCAUGAGAUCUUCCCAUGUUCUCCAAGCAUGCUUAGAAGAUCCUUUCAGAUCUUCCAUCUCAACAUAGAAGUUGUGUGUUUGGGGAAGGCUGGAGCAUGGCUUAGGUGCUCAUCCUCCUGCCUGAAUUCUCGUUUUUUAGCCCACACCCCUUCACCCUAAAUGCCUGAAGAGGGCUGCUGUCGAAGGACAGAUUUCCCCCCCAAUAAGUGUUAAGUACCACUGAGGGCUGAUUAAACGUGACACUUUUCUUACUGCAGUGAUUUUUUUAGCAGUGAAAUGCAGAGUGUUUGGAUUUCAAAAUAAAAUAAAAAAGAGGCUGUGUGUCAUAGAAAGAGCUGGUUCGCAUGAUUAAAUGAACCAAGCUAUGGCUUAGUGGGACCAUCUGAGUGUGGGGGCUACUGGAGGAGUUUUGCUGUUCCCUGGUCCUUUUUACGAUCGUGCUGCGCCGAGGACAAAUAUGGUUAGUGAGGAGUGAGCUUAACCACGGGUCCGUUUGGACGAUGUGCUGCAACAAACCCUGGUUUAGCUAAGCACAGCAGUGGAAGACCAGGAAGCAGAUAGAGUGCAAGCUUCUCUUGGGACCCCCCAUGCUUGUCUGGGCUUGCUAAACCAUAGUCUGGUUUACUGUGCUGUAGGAACCAAGUCCCAUUCUGAGUCUGGGUUUCCUCUGUUUUUUUCUAAAGUACUAUAAUGUAUGUCUCUAAUAUAUGUGAAGUGUUUGGGGCAUGAUCCACCAUGAACUUUACUUGCAUUUGUUCUUGAGAUGAACACAGCAUUGAGGGUUUGCACCAUCCAUUUAAAGUACGUUCAGCACACACGGACCCCGCUCCCCAAAGAAUCCUAGGAACUGUAGUUUUACUCUCCUUGAGCUUUGGUUCCCCAAACCCUUAAUAAACCAGUUUCCCAGGAUUUAUGGGGUGGAAGCUACGUUUUAAAUGUGUGUUGGUUCUGCUUUAUUUGUAUGGUGUCAAUCUGGAUUUAGCCCCCCCGUCCCCCAUCCUGGUCCAAACCUCCCAAUGAAACUUUUCUAAUGUGGAUGAAUUAUUUUGUAUCCGGGCAUUGUUUUCCUUACGUACAGAUGAAUCCUAUUCUAUCACAACACAUACCUGCGAUUUUGAAAACUUAGUAACUGUGAUUUCAAUGACUAGGUUUCUCUAUUGCCAUAAUUUUUUUUGUCAAAUGCUGUUCUGGGUGAGAAAUGUGCAUGAUUUCUUUUUCUGUUUUUCUCCAUCAUUUGUAUGUUUAGUGCAGCAUGGAACUUUAAUAAAAUAUCUUUAAAGUCUUGGG